GGAGGAAGCAGCGGCAGCAUGUCCUGAGCCGGGCGGUGCGGGCCAAGGCGGCGGCGAGGAGCGCCCACCACGGAGGGGACGGUGGAGCAGCGCGCCAAGGGCCGGGCCCCCAUGAAGGAGAAAGAGGCGGGUGCGGAGCGGGGCAAGCCCGCCACCUACACCGGGGACAAGAAGGCGCGCAUGGCGGCCAAGACCAACAAGAAGUGGGUGCGUCUGGCCACCGUGCUGGCCUACGUGCUCUCCGUCUCGCUCGCCGCCAUCGUGCUCGCCGUCUACUACAGCCUCAUCUGGCAGCCGGUGCGCGGCGGCGGCGCCGCCUCGCAGCCCCACGCAGCAGCGCAGCAGCCGGGUCCUGCGGCCAGCGCCGGAGCUCGCGUCGCCUCCGCCGCCGCCUGCGCUGCGCCGGCUGCGCGACAGCGCCUGAGGGGCGCCCCCCCACCUCGGUAG